ACUGCAGGAGCCUGUUUAUUCUGGCCUCUCCUCCCAGGCAGUUGCUCCUUGAUCGCGCCCAUCCACAGCGGGGAUGUGUUCGAUCCUUGAACUCUAAGCGCCACAUAAUCAGAACUUGGGAGUGCUUUCCCGAGCUUAUCUCCAGGAUAAAUCCCCUCUCCGGUAUAAAUAACAGCACUGGGGACACACAAGCCACACUCAAGAGGAGCAGCAGCAGCAGCAGGAGGCAGUGAAACUGGUUGAGCGACACAGCCGAAGAUGAGAGCAGGCACUGUGAUCCUCGCCCUGGUGUUCCUCACAGGGACUCAGGCCCGCCACUUCUGGCAGCAUGAGGACCCCCAGACACCCCUGGAUCGCUUCAAGGACAUGGUCCAGGUCUACCUGGAGACAGUCAAGGCUAGUGGCAAGGAAGCCAUUGCCCAGUUUGAGACCUCUGCAGUUGGCAAACAGCUUGACCUGAAGCUGGCUGACAACCUGGACUCCCUGACGGUGGCGGCGCAAAAACUGCAAGAGGACCUGGCUCCCUACUACAAGGAGACCUGGGGGCUGUGGGUGAAGGACACUGAGGCCCUGAGGAAGGAGCUAACCAAGGAGAUGGAGGAAGUGAAACAGAAGAUCCAGCCCUUCCUGGAGCAGUUCUACAAGAAGUGGACGGAGGAGCUGGAGGUCUAUCGUCAGAAGCUGACCCCCAUCAGUGAGGAGCUGAAGGAGAUGACCAAGCAGAAGGUGGAGGUCCUGCAGCAGAAGCUGACCCCCGUGGCUGAGGAGGCCCGGGACCGGCUGCGUGGGCAUGUGGAGGAGUUGCGCAAGAACCUGACCCCCUACAGCGAUGAGCUGCGCGAGAAACUGAGCCAGAAGCUGCAGGAGAUUCGGGAGAAGGGCAUCCCCCAGGCUGCCGAGUAUCAGGCCAAGGUGAUCCAGCACCUCACUGCCUUCCGAGAGAAGGUCACACCCCUCGUGCAGGAUUUCAAGGAGCGCCUGACCCCCUAUGCUGAGAGCCUCAAGACCCGCUUCCUGAACCUGCUGGACAACCUCCGAAAGAACUUGGCCAAGGCCAACUAGUGGCACCGGGCCAGGGACUGACACCCCCUCCCCUAGCCACAAUGACCCCCAACUGAUCAGCCACUGCCCUGUAUUCCACUGCUGCUAAUACGCAUCUGGGCGAAGGCACCAGGUGUGCUCGCCUCCCCCUUCCCCUGCCCCCUGGACGCCCCCAGCGCUGGGCCAAGCUGUCUCAGCCCUUUGGGGCUCAGUCACUUAUUGAUCAAUCGCUGUCGAACGAGGGUCUCUCUGCUGGGGGGCGGGGGGCUGGGGUGGAAACCAGCACAGGGCGAAGGCCAGUCCGCUGGGAACGUCCUUCCCAGAGCUCUCCUCCCUGUUCCAGGCUCGGGGCUCCCACCUGCCCCAACCUCCCCCCCACGCACCCACCCCGCAGAACUCUUCAUUCUUGUUUCUUUGUUUUGUCAAAUAAAAGUGAUUUAAGUUA